UAUAUAUUGGGGAUCGGAUAAUAAUCUGGAGGAUCAUAAACUUUUAUAACUCUCUUCCUUAGCUUCCUGUGAAGGAUCGAUUGAUCAUGGGAGCAGGGCAUUUGACUCGUUCAACCGAUAGAACACCGAAGCAGCAGCAACUGAUGAUGAUGAAUCGCCCCAAAUCUAACCUGCAGUUUCAUUUUCAUCAACCCGCUUUGCAAACAAUAAUGCCGCGGCGGCGGCGGCCUUACUCCCCCGGAAAUCAUAGCUGAGGUAUUGCAAUGGCUGCCCGUCAAAUCCGUCUUAAAAUUCAGGUGCGUUUCGAAAUUGUGGCUCUCUCUCAUCUCCAGCGACCAUUUCAUCCAAUCCCGACCGAAAAAGCCACGAGUAUUAACAAAACUCAUGACAAGAUUCUCAUUACAGUUCAUGGACUGUUGUUGUUUGGAGUCCGCGCUGUGUAGCCGAACUUGUGGUGAGAUGCCCAUCCCCUUCCCCGUGGAAGCGGAUUGCCAAAGGAUUUCGAUUGUCGAUUCUUGUAAUGGGCUGGUUUGUCUCGCUACUGACCAGCAUGUCAUCUUGUGGAACCCGGCUACUCGAGAAUCCAAAAUGGUACCCCAUGUCGCUACAGAGGUGGAACCGAAGCCAUAUUAUCAUGAAAUUGGAUUUGGUUUUGGCGAAUCUUGCGGUGAUUAUAAGGUAGUGAAGCUCAUUGAAGGCCGUGGGGAUGCAUCUAAUAAACGGGUUCGGAGAAUAAUAGUAAGUGUUUACAGUCUCAAGACUGACUCUUGGAAGACCAUAGAGAAUAUUGAGGGCAGAUUGAUGUCUCCUCAAGGGAAAUUUGUGGAUGGGAAGCUUUAUUGGCCGAUGGUAUAUACUUGUGGGCGAAGAGAAUGGAAGCAAUAUUCAGGGAAGGUGGUGGUGGGUGUUAUUUGCCUUGAUGUGAAGACAGAGACAUACGAGAAAUAGAGCCGCUUUUACCGCAGCCUGAUGCUCCCAAAAGCCUGACGGUGGCUGUGCUGGACGGGCGCCUGUGUCUGCUUUCUAAUUCUUCUUACAAUGAAAAAAGCUUUUGGGUUCUGAUGAAGAACAAGCAGCAAUCACACAGUUGGUCUAAAAUGUUUAGAAUUUUCGCGUGGAGUCGUGGGAUGGGGCACAGUGGCACACAACACCGUGAGUUGCUGCUCCAUUAUUAUGACAGCUUGAUUGUCUACCGUUGGAAAAAUGUGUUAAAAAUUGCAUUAAAUGGUCAUUUUGGGGCAAUUAUUUGAGUGGGGUCCACUUUCGAUUUGGGUCGGGUCAAAGUGUUUUCGGAUUGUCCUUGUUAAGGGCUACAAUUCGAUAUACGGUACACUCAAAACGGAUAACGCGUGA